AUGAGCACGCUGAUUCCUAGAGGGCCUUCGAACGCCGCCCGUGGUCAAUGGCGGGACCGUGGUGGCGGUCGCGGUCGCGGUACUGGUAGUGGUAGUGGUAGCUGGCGAGGACGAGGACGAGGCAAUGGUGGGAGAGAACAAGGUCCUAACUCGAGCCGAAACAAAGAUCAACCAUCUAGGAGUACUAUUGAUGAUGCCCCUCUCGGCCGGCUUAUCACGAAGAUUACUUUAGGAAGUGCUUCAAAUUAUAACACGCAAGCGGGUGAUGCGAAGAUUAGCGAUUGCAAAUACGCAGCAUCGUACUCUCUAGUCGACUCUAAAACACCCAAAAUUAUCGUUCCAGGAGAACCAGCAAAAUGGACGCCACCUCAAUUACCUUCGCAGCUUCCUGGAGAUCGUGGCGAUUAUCUUCGAGAUCACAAUGGAGCAAGAUUUCCCGAACACCCCAUGCUGCCCUCUGUCCAUUCCCUUCUUUCUCUGAAUGAAGGGUUUGACACUUCAGGAGUUGACAUUAUGGGUUGCGCGAGUUCCCUAGGAGACAUUCUCCGGUUCGUACGAUCGGUCAAUUUAACCUUCAGAUUCGAUGUUGAAAUGGUUGGAGAUACUUUAUUCCUGAUUCGUAACUGUCGCGAUCAAGUUAUUCCUGACGUCCGUGGAUAUGGCCAUUCCUUCUUAGAUUCCUUCACUUCUUAUGAACCCAAGAUGCGGGAAACAAAAUCACAUCAGCGUAUCGUCUCUUAUUCCUUCAGCGGGCUGAAAUGUCUCGUUCGUUUUGAAUGCGACGGAUAUUUAGCAAGUGAUGGAGAGGAUUUCACUGCUACGACUACUAAACUAGAUGGCUUGAACCUUUCAAAAUCCCCCGCUAUCGAGACAGCCGGAGCGAUCAUACCUCAGCAGUCAAUCAUUGAAAUUAAGACGAGAUCUAAGGCAAGAUCUCAAGUCGGUGCGCCAGUUGAUAUGGAUGAGCAAUUGCCUAGGCUAUGGCUUCGUCAAAUUCCUAACUUCGUCACGGCAUAUCACGUUACAGGAAACUUCGAAGAUGUUCAAGAAAAAGCCGUCGAGAAAGAAUUGCUCGAUUGGGAAAGUAGCCAUCAAUCCGAACUCCAGAAAUUCGCUUCCAUUCUACGCCAAUUGAUUGUUGAGGCCAAACGGGCAGGUCAUUUGAAGCUCGAACUGUGUCGAACUGACUCAGGACCACUCGAAUUAAGGGAGCAGGCCGGUAAACCUCGGGAAGUACUUCCAAGUGAUUGGAGGGAUAUAUGGGCUAGGCAGAAUCAGGGACCAGGCAGCGAUGGCACAGCCUGCUUGAGUGAUGAGGACGAGGACGACAGUUAUCCCAGCCUGCUUUCUCGGAAGGGCGAAUCUGACGAAUCGGAUGAUUCUGAUGAUGAUUUCUCGCUAGAUUUCACAGCGUGUGAUCCUAGCUGCGGAUAUUGCGGUAAGUGUGCCUAA